AUGAGAGCAAGAAUAUGUAUUAAAGUCGGAAUUGAAUUAAAAAGUUUCUGGUUGAUUUCUCUAAACGUCACUACAACGUCUUUCUUAUCCUUAGAGCUUUCGAGUGCUUUAAACAGUUCUCAAAUUACAAAUUCUGUCAUGAAGAUUGAAGUUCAAGAAACAGAUGAUUUUAUGAAUGGGGAAGAACUUAAAGAGUAUGUCAGGCAAGAUCAAAAAGGUUGA